AUGUCUGAAGAGCAAAAGUCUCUGGCAUCAACGCAAUGCAAGAUCUGUGGUGAAUGCUUCACCAAACUCGACAGUGAUAUCUGUGCACGCUGUGUCAAAGCACAGAAAGCAAUGCCAGGCAUACAGAGUGAGGGUAUCCUUGCUGAGCUGCAGUGCAUAAGUUGCGGGGGCUCUUGUAGAUUCCUCGACUCUGCAUUUUGUGGAGCAUGCACCCAUGCAGAGCCAUCCAAUGACCGAAUUCUAGAUAAUGAAAAAGAGUCCGUGGACACAUUGGCUUCCCUAAUCAAGAACCGGUCGACACUCCAUGAACAGAGUGCCUCGAAGCACCAUCUCCGACAACUUCCUAAGCCAGGCACGAGCACAAGGGCCACUGACAUAAAGGAACGAGUUGACAGGAUGAAGCAGCAACGUAACGUGGAACACAUCGCUGUAGAGCUCACUCUUCUGCUGCAUGCUGCAAUGCAGAAUGGCAAGACACGUCUUAGUGAACUUCCUGCACCGAUGACAAAGUGCAGCUAUGUGUCAAGCAUAUCAGUGAACACCUUGCUCGAUGAGUUGAUUGUACAGGGGAUGAAUGUAGUCUUCUGCAUUGCAAAUGGGAAAGCACGAGCGCACUCUUUUAGUCUUGACAUGAAGCAGUUUGGUGAUAAGAGUCUACAGCAGUUGUUUGACAAGUUGAAGCAGUCCCAGGACUUAUCGACUAAGUCCGUGAACGCGAAGUGUAUACCUUUGCAUGCACAUAUCUAUGUGAACCCAGAGGUAAAUAAUUGCAUCAUUCAUUGGCCCCUUUGGCUGACCAGCAUCUUGUGCAAAGAGAGUGGCUCAUUCGGAAGAUGA